AUGUCAACAAUCAAUGAAAACAACGCGCUUCCAUAAUUUUUUAUUGAAUACCGCGUAUUUAAAUCAAAGUAAUACGAAAUAUAAUUGUAAUAAACAUAUAUAAUGGCAUCAGAAGCCUUGAACGUUUCAAGGCGAAAAUUAAACGAAGUGUUAGGUGAAAAAUCUACCAAAUAUUUCAACCACAUGAAACAAUGGUUUCGCAUGAAACUAACUAAAGAAGAAUUUGACGCUGAAGCACGCGCGUUAUUGACUAUAGACCAAGUGCAUUACCAUAACGAAUUUCUACUUGCACUUCUUAAUAAGGUGGAAGGUUUAGCGGAAACUUCAAUGACCAUAGCGCAAGAAAAAGCGAACUCACAGCAUCGGAACAGUAGACGCCAUAAGAGAAAUUCUCGUACAUCAGAAAGAUCCAAUUUCGAACCAGUGGACUUAUUAGAGUAUUUGCCUUCAAACUCUCCACCCGGCGCGGGAAGCGAUGGGGUCAAAUAUGCAACACAAGAAAUAUUCUUGCCUGACCAUGCAUUAGUUGUCGGACGGUUCAUGCUAGCAGCGUGGGAACUUGGUUUAGAAGGUGCUGACGAUGAAGCUGCAGAUCUGAUUGUAGUUGCUGUACAACAUUUCCUCAAGAACAUAAUAAGUGCAGUUAUCUCCCAACGAAAAGGCUAUAAGACACGGAAUAAACACUUCAAAUAUGAUAUCGGUGGUGAUAUGCCUAAUAUGUGGCUUCGUAAUUCAAAUAAACUAUAUGAUCCUCAGAGUGAAGGCAGAGUAGGAUUGGAUGAUAGCAAUGAUGUCCUUGGUCCACGUUGUCCACCAACUAUUGAUGAAGUUGAACAGUCAGCUGUUCUUGAAAUUGCUUGCAGUUCAUCCAACUCCCAGCAUAAUGAAGAUAGGCUUACACUGGAUGAAUUAUACCAUACUUUGCUAACACAUAAGAAUAUUAUUGCAUGUCAUUCAGUGUAUGCUGUAAAUAUGGAGAGGAUGGCUGUCAUGUUGAAUCAUCCCAGUUAUUAAAUAGAUUUUGUGAUAAUUUAAAA